CGUCAUCAUCAUCUUCAACAGCUAAGCUCUUAUUCCUCUCUGCUCUCUCCGCCAUGAAAACGAACUCGGAGCCACGAUUGAAGCUCUGAAACGAAGCUCGUGUCUUCUCACGUAAGAACCCUCCCUUCAUCUCGGAACUGAGGAAGCAGCAGAAGGGGCAGUCUCAUUCCAGCCAUGGUUUCUCUCGAAGAUUCUCACUCCAAUUCCACUCGCUUCCCCUCUCCCCGCGACUUCUCGCCCUCCACCUCCAAAAUCCACCGCAACGCGGGCCGUUCCAUGCGGACGGUCCGCUCCAACCUGUACCAGAAGGAGAGCACGUGCUCCUUCUCGAGCUCCGCUGUCGACAGGCCGGAGUUCGUCUCCGAGAACCUGACCGACUCCAUCGUCGACAUGCGCCUCGGCGAGCUCGCGGCUCGCUACAGCAGCGCCGCCGCCGCCUCAGCCAAUGCGUCGAACUCGAGCGCGACAGAGGAGGAGUUGCUGGAGCUCUCCCAGGCCUUCAGUGACUUCUCGGCGUGCAGCAGCGACAUCUCCGGAGAGCUGCAGAGGCUUGCGAGUUUGCCGACGUCGGAGAACAACGGCCGGGGGGACGGCGGAGCCGAGUCGGAUCCGAAUCCGGAGGAUUUCUCCCCGUGCCUAGGGUUCCUGCAGAGAGAGAACUUCUCGACGGAGAUCAUCGAAAGCAUCUCGCCGGAGGAUCUCCAACCGACGGUAAAGAUCUGCGUGGACGGGUUGCAGUCUCCGUCGUUGGCCGUGAAGCGUUCAGCUGCUGCUAAACUCAGGUUGCUUGCAAAGAAUAGGGCCGACAAUCGAGCUCUGAUCGGGGAAUCCGGCGCGAUUCCGGCACUGAUACCUCUGCUCCGGUCCACAGAUCCGUGGACUCAAGAGCACGCGGUCACCGCACUGCUCAACCUCUCUCUACACGAGCAGAACAAGGUCUUAAUCACAAGCUCAGGCGCGAUAAAAUCACUAGUCUACGUGCUCAAGACCGGAACCGAAACCUCGAAGCAGAACGCAGCAUGUGCAUUAUUGAGCCUUGCCUUGGUCGAAGAGAACAAGAGCUCCAUCGGAGCUUGCGGCUCGAUACCGCCACUGGUGUCGUUGCUCUUGAGCGGAUCCAAUAGAGGGAAAAAGGACGCAUUGACGACUCUGUAUAAGCUGUGCACGAUCAAGGUGAACAAGGAGCGGGCGGUGAGCGCUGGCGCAGUACGGCCGUUGGUGCUGAUGGUGGGCGAGCAAGGGACCGGCAUGACGGAGAAGGCGAUGGUUGUGCUGAGCAGCCUUGCCGGGAUCGAGGAAGGGAAGGAGGCGAUCGUGGAGGAGAAUGGGAUGGCCGCGCUGGUCGAAGUGAUUGAAGAUGGGUCGGUGAAGGGGAAGGAAUUUGCAGUGAUGACGCUGUUGCAGCUGUGUGGAGCCAGCGUCAGGAACCGAGGGUUGCUUGUGAGGGAGGGUGGGAUUCCUCCUCUUGUUGCUCUGUCUCAGACUGGCAGUGUCAAGGCCAAGCAUAAGGCGGAGACACUUCUUGGGUACUUGAGAGAACCAAGACAGGAGGCUUCGUCUUCGAGUCCCUGAAGGUUUGUCCAUUGUCCUAGUUAGGAGAGGUAAUUAUACAAAGAGUUCUUUUGGUUGUUGUGAUGUGUAAAUAGGGAGUGUUCUUGGGUGGUUUUUGUAUAGCAUGGUGGAGACGGUAUGCUGGAAUCAUUGUAGAAGAAAAAAAAUCAUUAGUUACGGGAAGCUUGUAAUCUAUAAGCUUAAGCCUAGAGCGAGCACCAGACUGACUAUUAGAUAUAUAUUGAUCUUAUUGACCAGGUAUUUUUGAUGGGUCUGGGGGUGGGAACACAAUGUUUGUCUUGUGGAUUUUGGGUUUUUGUAAAGGAGAGAGAUCUCAUUCUGGGUCGUUUUCCUCGUGUUUGCUUUGGGUUGUCCUGGGGAUGAAUGACUUUGUACUUCGUCAAAACACAUAAUGCCCGUCGCCUUCUUGGUUAGUGAAAGAAAUUAGUAAAUCACUAUUUGCUUCGGGACUCUCUUCUCAUA